AUGAGCGACCCAAACCGGGUCCUGGAACCCCUCGGGGAUGUGCUGCCAAUCGUGCUACGCCGACUGGAUGUUCGCACCCUUGCAGCGGCUUCGACUGUUUGCCGGAGCUGGUCUGAGUCAUCAGAAACUUCAUGGCAGCAGGUUUUCCGGCUGAAAUGGCAGGAUUCCAUGUUUGAACUGCGGCAGGUGAGGCCAUCAUGGCGAUUGAGCUGUUCUUCCAGGGCCAUGGCACGUCGAGCAGAUUUGCAAGUCGUUGCCGGCACCUGGCACUUGAUGGGUACAGUGAGGGACAGCAAGGGAGAGAUGUCCACUGAAGCAUAUUGCUUCUUUGCCAGUGGAAGCCUAACCAUGCAGGGAGAGGCAGUCCAUCGCAGACAGGACUCAAAUGGUCAUCGUGUGAUUCUUCAUGGAAAUUGGCAGGGAAAUCUCUGUGCAGACAUCGUUGCGCUUGGCGGCAAGCGAAAAUGGUGCCUGGCGUGGAAGGAGAAGAUCCAAGAGGUGCCAGGUGCCUAUCAUUACGCGCUGAGCUCAAAUACUUGCGCAUGCCACUCUCAGGUUGUCCGAGGCGAAUUCAGAUGGCUUGGCAGAGUGCGCGGAACCUUUGACUACGUGAUGGAACGCUUUUGUGACUGCCAAAGCGACAAAAUGCGCCACCAGCAGACUGUUGCGCGGAGACGAUGUUGA